AUGAGUGAAGCGGAACUGACUCAAUCUGCCUCUAACAAAGGUGGUCCGGUUACUCCAGUCUCACGGACUAAUCUUGCUACCUUCAAAAUGGUUACUAAUCGUACAUUAUUCCGCAAGGCAAAAGAAUGGAUGGUAUAUUUUACAGAGGAAUAUUUGAAAGCUUGGCCAGACGCGAGUCAAGAUGAUCUACCUCAACUUUUCUGCAAGGAUGGUGAUCCUGAUGGCACAGUAUCCCAUUAUUCCCAUUCAGUGCCUGGUAGCUUGACUAGUCUUGCUGAAAAUUCAGCGUUUGCAUCAGUCAAAAAGCCAGGUAAAUUAGUUGCAUAUUCUCACUAA